CCAAGAGGCAUCAUUAAAGACCUGGAGGCGCACUCUAGCACCGGGGCGUAGACUUCGACCACCCCUCCCGCCACUCAGGAACACCAUGCCCCCAACACCCAAAGAGGACCACGGAGCCGACUUCGAAUUGGUAGGCGCCCAGUUUCGCACCUCAGCCAUUGCAAAGGACGACGAUCGCGUUGACCUCGCUUUCGAGGCCGACAAUGCCAGUACAUUGAACAGUCUUCUGGAUGCAACAACUCGGAACAAGGGCGGUUCAUCGCCAGCACCAUCGCAUCAUACCAAUGUCGAAGACCCUUUUGCUCAUCACAGAUGCACCUCGGUCCCUCCGCUCAAUAUCGUGAUUCAGAUUGUUGGCAGUCGAGGCGAUAUCCAGCCCUUUAUAGCCUUGGGCACCGAGCUCAAGCUGUACGGUCACAGGAUACGGAUUGCCACGCACAACGUCUUCCAGAAAUUUGUGCAAGAGUCGAACCUCGAAUUUUUCCCGAUUGGUGCUGAUCCCUCCGAACUCAUGCAAUACAUGGUGAAAAACCCUGGCAUCAUCCCCAAGUUUUCAACAAUCAAGGCCGGAGACAUCGGCAAAAAACGAGCCAUGAUUUCAGAGAUACUGGAGGGAUGUUGGAAAUCAUGCAUCGAACCUGAUCCAGAUACUGGCGUGCCAUUCAUCGCGGAAGCCAUCAUCGCAAACCCCCCGAGCUUUGCACACAUACAUUGCGCCGAGGCGCUGGGCGUUCCAUUACAUAUGAUGUUCACCAUGCCUUGGAGCCCCACAAAAGCCUUCCCCCACCCCCUGGCGAAUAUCAAGCGGUCGGAUCUUGAUCCGAAGACGGCCAACUAUCUGACGUAUGGAAUGAUCGAGCUGAUGACUUGGCAAGGACUGGGAGACAUCAUCAACGACUGGCGGGAGAAUAUCCUCUCGUUAGAGCAACUCGGCGCUAUUGAUGCCGCGGGCAUGAUGGAAUCGCUCAGAGUGCCCUACACAUAUUGCUGGUCGCCAAGUCUCGUGCCUAAACCGGACGACUGGCCGUCAUACAUUGAUGUUUGCGGAUUCUUUUUCCGGGGAGAGCCCCAAUUUUCGCCCCCGGACGAUAUAGAGGAAUUUCUUCGAGCCGGGCCCCCACCCUUGUACAUUGGUUUCGGCAGUAUUGUGAUGGAGGACCCGGCUUCCAUCACAGACGUCAUCUUGUCUACGCUGCGAAAAUGCGGAGUGAGGGCCAUCAUCUCUCGGGGAUGGAGCAACCUCGGUGAAGGGAGAGAGGAGGACGAGAAUGCGCUGUUCAUUGGGGACUGCCCUCAUGAAUGGUUGUUCAAGCGCGUCUCUGGAGUGGUACAUCAUGGCGGUGCAGGGACCACGGCCUGCGGACUGCUGAAUGCCUGUCCGACCUCCAUCAUCCCUUUUUUUGGAGAUCAACCAUUUUGGGGUGACAUGGUUGCCGCUGCAGGCGCCGGACCUCGCCCAAUCCACCACACAUCCAUCACCGAGGCGAAUUUCACUGCCAUCGUCGAAACCCUGCUCGAUCCAAACACAAAGCGCGCAGCUGAGGCUAUUGCGGUAAAGAUGCAGCGUGAGCAGGGAGUCCGACGUGCAGUGAAAUCGUUCCACCGCAACCUGCCCCAAGCCAAUCUCGCAUGUAACCUGUUGCCGACCGAAAGCGGGGUGUGGAUGUACGAUGCGAAAGCGCUCAAGAAACAAGGGAAGAAGAAGGUCACCAAGGGCCUAACGUUAUCUCCCAAGGCAGUCGCGGUAUUGAGCAACCAUAAACUGCUGGACCUGACCAAGCUCAAAUUCCAUCACUCCAAACCUUUCCAUCUUCAAAAACAACGCUGGGACCCCCUAACCGCAACCUCUUCCUCCCUUCUUGCCAGCGUUGUCGACUUCAGCCAAGGCUUUGGUACCUUUGUCUCAGCCCCUGUUAAAGCAUACAAACAUCACCAUCCUACCAAAGAAUCGUCCUCUCCUGAAGUUCCCUCCACUACCGAACCCAGGACAAACGAUUCUGGCGCUGCCGCCGCUUCCUUGACCGGCGCCAACAAGAUGAUGACCAGCCUAGUUAAAGGCUCGCUUGUCGACUUCCCGGUCGCACUCACAGAGGGCCUGAACAAUGUGCCGUUGAUGUAUGGCGAGAAAGUUCGGAAGCGGAAACCCAUCACGGAUUGGAAGAGUGGGAGCAAAGAAGCAGGCAAGAACUUUGUGAAUGGAUUCGCGGAUCCAAUAUGGUGCCUGUUCAAACAGCCAGCCGUCGGGUUAACCAAACACGGCGGGUUGGGGUUUUUCACGGGAUUGGGAAAAGCAAGUAUGGGAUUAGUAGUGAAGCCCGGGAGCGCAAUGUUCGGCCUUAUAGCCUACCCAGCCCUCGGCAUCUAUCAAUCCAUCGUUGGCGCAUCAACAUCGGGGACUCAGGCCGCCAUCUUACAAGCUAGACUCGCACACGAUGCCUUUUUCAACGAAGCACAUCAGCCUAGUGCGGAGGACGAGGCAGACGUUCUGCAGGAAUUUAACUCUAUAAAGUGA